AUGGAUGAUUUGUUAACUGGAGCUGACACGCUACAAGAGUGUAAGAAGCACUUGGAAAAAUUUGGUUUCCACUUAAGAAAAUGGAUAUCCAAUAAAUAUGAUAUUGUGAGAUCUGACUCAACAGCAGAAAACAAUGAAGUACUAGAUAUUCAAGAAGAUGAAUGUCUAAAAACGUUGGGAUUGCAAUGGAACCCUACGACGGACAAUUUCACCUUUAGAAUGCAGCCCGAAGAGGACACUAAAAUUACAAAACGCAUUGCCUUAUCACGCCUGGCUAGAAUAUUCGAUCCAUUAGGAUGGCUAACACCAAUUACUGUGACAGCAAAAUUGUUUAUACAACAACUCUGGAGACUACAAUCCAACUGGGAUGAACCAUUGGAUGAAAAUCUUAGUAAAGAGUGGAACACAUUUUCUCAGAGCUUACCAGCAAUAACAGAAAUAAAAAUAAAGCGAUGGAUUCCACAAGCAAAUCAAUCAUCAAUUCAGUUACAUGGGCUUGCAGACGCCUCGGAGAAAGCUUACGCAGCAGUGGUUUAUGCGAAAACUAGCUCAUCAAUAACUAUAGUAGCUGCAAAAAGCAAGGUUAAUCCUAUCAAGAACAGGAAGACUCUUCCUAAACUUGAACUGUGUGCAGCUCAUCUUUUGGCUAAACUAUUAAAUAAAGUUAAACGCAACUUUAAUUCGGAUGCGGAUAUCUAUGCUUGGAGUGAUUCCAUGAUAACGUUAUCGUGGAUAAAAAAAUCAGCGAAUAAGGAGAAAUUUAUAAGAACCAGGGUUUCGGAAAUAAAUCAACUGAUGCCAAAUGUGAAAUGGGGUUAUGUAAAGUCAAAGGAGAAUCCAGCUGACAUCGGGUCACGAGGCAUUAAUCCCGAAAAAUUGGAAAGGUGUUCCCUCUGGUGGUUGGGUCCAGAGUGGCUCCAAACUGAAGGAAAAAAUUGGCCAUCAGAUGAACCAGAAAUAAAGGUGGUUACAGCAAUAAAGAUAUCACAGCCGUCUUAUCUUCAUGAGGUUACUAGCCGAUUUUCAUCUUAUCGCAAAAUGAAGCGUGUGUUUGCUUACGUGCUUAGAUUCAUCAGGAAAAUAAAGGGCGACAACAACUUUCCUACUUUUUUGACAACGAAAGAGUUAGAUGAAGCAGAAAUACUGAUAGUAAAGCUUCAUCAAAUGGUAUACCUACCAAACGAGCUGAUUGAAUUAAAAAACAAGCGUCCAAUAGAUCAUCGCAGUAAAAUAGCUGCUCUUAAUCCUCAGUUAGAUGAACAUAGUGCUAUUAGAGUGGGAGGUCGUUUGGAAUUUUCUGAUAUAAACUACAACAUGAAACAUCCAAUAAUUAUUCAGAAGUCUCAAUUAGCAGAUUUAAUUGUACGUGACACACAUUAUAUAACACUUCAUGGAGGCAACCGUCUUAUGGAAAACAUAAUCAGAAGGAAUUAUUGGAUAAUUGAUCUAAAAAAUAGAAUAAAGAAAUGCAUUCAUACCUGCGUUAAAUGCAUUAGAUUCAAACAAGAACAACGACACCAAUUAAUGGGUUUACUUCCUGCAUACAGGGUAAACAUUUCACAGCCUUUUGCACAUUGUGGAAUAGACUAUGCAGGGCCCAUCCAAAUAAAGUGCUCUAAUGGAAGAGGUCAAAAAUCUUUCAAAGGUUAUGUAGCCGUAUUUGUAUGUAUGGCAACAAAGGCAGUUCAUCUCGAAGCAGUUAGCAAUUUAACUACAGAAGCCUUUCUUGCGGCUUUAAAGAGAUUUUUUGACAGAAGAGGUAAAAGCAAUCACAUUUAUUCGGACAAUGGUACGAAUUUCAUAGGCGCAGCUCGACAAACUGAUAAGGAAUUUGUAGCAGCUCUUAAGAAUAAUUCCACAGUUGCACCUUUAUUGGAAGAAGAUAAAAUUCAGUGGCAUUUUAUCCCCCCGGCAAGUCCUCACUUUGGAGGAAUAUGGGAAGCUGCGGUCAAAUCUAUGAAAUAUCAUAUGAAGAGAAUCAUAGGCGAGCAUCGAUUAACUUUCGAAGAAAUGACCACUUUAUUGACACAAAUUGAAGCAGUUUUAAACUCAAGGCCAUUACAUCAGCUUGAUAGUUGUCCAGACAGCAUUGAGACAUUAACACCAGGACAUUUUCUAAUUGGCCGUCCUAUGAUGGAGUAUCCAGAAAAGAAUGACGACUUUAAAGUUAGCUGUUUGGAUAGAUGGAAGCUUCUACAAAAGCUUAAAAAUCAUUUUUGGAAGAAAUGGAAGAUAGAUUAUUUGUCUUCCUUGCAACAAAGAUCCAAGUGGAAAAAGUCGUAUGACAACCUAGAAAAAGGUCAGGUUGUUAUCAUUAAGAACGAGGAAACAUAUCCAGCACGAUGGCCAUUGGGGAAAGUUAUAGAUAUUCAUCCAGGAAAGGAUGAUAUUGUGAGAGUUGUUACUUUAAAAACCAAGAACGGAAUAUUAAAGAGGCCGAUACAUAAACUAUGCCCAUUAGAACAUCGGAAAAUAUGCGAAGAGUCUCUCCAAGAAACCAGCCCAGAAACAACAGCACUAACAAUGAAUGUUCGUGAAAUAAAGCCCAAUACGGCAAUAUACUUGGAUACUAUUAACCAAAUUAACGUAGUGUCUUCAUCGUGGAAUCUUGUAGUAUAUUACGAAAUGCGACCGUAUUUUGAAGUGUUGAACAGAGCAGUGGAAUUACUAAAUCAAUCCAAAGAAAUAUGCCCUAAACUGGAUACGUUUAAAGAUCAGUGUUGGUCAGUAAUAACGAAUAUGGAAUACCAGGUAAAUAAGCUCGAAACCAAUAAUGGCUUAUUUCUCAAUAACAAAAUACGUAAAAGACGAGAUGCACCCUUGAAGUUUAUAGGAUCUCUACAUCAUGUGUUGUUUGGUUUAAUGGACGAAGAUGAUCGAGAAAGCCUCGAGAAUAACAUGAAAAACCUGCUAGCCAAUCAAGAAGAUCUAAAGGUAUUAUCCAAAAAGCAAACAUCAGUAGUCGAUUCUACCUACUGA